GUUAUAUAAAUUCCCUCCCUUCGUCCCUUCCCGGGAACAGCGGCCUCUGACACCAGCACAGCGAACCUGCCACGAUCAGAUCAAAGCGUACCGGUCGGCAGCAUGGCUACGAAAUGUGGGAACUGUGGACCCGGCUACUCCACCCCACUGGAGGCCAUGAAAGGACCCCGGGAGGAGAUCGUCUACCUGCCGUGCAUUUACCGAAACACGGGCACCGAGGCCCCAGAUUAUCUGGCCACUGUGGAUGUUGACCCCAAGUCUCCCCAGUAUUGCCAGGUCAUCCACCGGCUGCCCAUGCCCAACCUGAAGGACGAGCUGCAUCACUCAGGAUGGAACGCCUGCAGCAGCUGCUUCGGUGACGGCACCAAGUCGCGCACCAAGCUGGUGCUGCCCAGUCUCAUCUCCUCUCGCAUCUAUGUGGUGGACGUGGGCUCCGAGCCCCGGGCCCCAAAGCUGCACAAGGUCAUCGAACCCAAGGACAUCCACGCCAAGUGUGGACUGGCCUUUCUCCACACCACCCACUGCCUGGCCAGCGGGGAGGUGAUGAUCAGCUCCCUGGGAGACGUCAAGGGUGAUGGCAAAGGGGGUUUUGUGCUGCUGGAUGGGGAGACGUUCGAGGUGAAGGGGACAUGGGAGCGACCUGGGGGUGCUGCGCCAUUGGGCUAUGACUUCUGGUACCAGCCUCGACACAAUGUCAUGAUCAGCACGGAGUGGGCAGCUCCCAAUGUCUUACGAGAUGGCUUUAACCCCGCUGAUGUGGAGGCUGGGCUGUAUGGGAGCCAUUUGUAUGUGUGGGACUGGCAGCGCCAUGAGAUCGUGCAGACCCUGUCUAUGAAAGAUGGGCUCAUUCCCUUGGAGAUCCGCUUCCUGCACAACCCAGACGCUGCCCAAGGCUUUGUGGGCUGUGCUCUCAGUGCCACCAUCCAGCGCUUCUACAAGAACGAGGGCGGUACUUGGUCAGUGGAGAAGGUUAUCCAGGUGCCCCCCAAGAAAGUGAAGGGCUGGCUGCUGCCCGAAAUGCCAGGCCUGAUCACCGACAUCCUGCUGUCCCUGGAUGAUCGCUUCCUCUACUUCAGCAACUGGCUGCACGGGGACCUGAGGCAGUAUGACAUCUCCGACCCGCAAAGGCCGCGCCUCACAGGACAGCUCUUCCUCGGAGGCAGCAUCGUUAAGGGAGGCCCCGUGCAGGUGUUGGAGGACCAGGAACUAAAGUCUCAGCCAGAGCCCCUGGUGGUCAAGGGAAAACGGGUGCCUGGAGGCCCUCAGAUGAUCCAGCUCAGCCUGGACGGGAAGCGCCUCUACGUCACCACGUCGCUGUACAGUGCCUGGGACAAGCAGUUUUACCCUGAUCUCAUCAGGGAAGGCUCUGUGAUGCUGCAGGUUGACGUAGACACAGUAAAAGGAGGGCUGAAGUUGAACCCCAACUUCCUGGUGGACUUCGGGAAGGAGCCCCUUGGCCCAGCCCUCGCCCAUGAGCUCCGCUACCCUGGGGGCGAUUGUAGUUCUGACAUCUGGAUCUGAACUCUACCCCUCAACACCCAUACUCCACAUUUUGAGCCUUCACUUUCUCAGGCGCCUGCCUUCAUUCCGCUCUCUUUCGGCACCUGUCCCUUGGGAGCCAGUGUGUACCACACAGCCAAGCUGAGACUGUGCAGACGUGUGGAGUGGUAUCCAUUUACUGACUACUGUUGCUUGUGCUCCCUGUGCUGCUUUUCCAUGAGCUCUCGGAAGCACCAGGAAAUAAACUGGUGAGCCUGUUCCUCAGAUGGCCUUGUCUUUAGGGGCCUGGGGCCCGCGGCUCCUCCUCCGCCUACCCUUUGUAUCUUGCACAAUAAAGAGCUGAAGAGGCCUCCAA